CUAAGAGUCGUACUGUUUAAGCACUGUCGCGUCCGUCAACACCACUGAACCAUUAUGGCUGAGAGGGAGGCUGCCUCGCCCAAAUACGAGGCGCCAGUGGCGAAGCCUGCUGCUUCUACAGCGGUAGAAGCACCUAAAGGCAAUCCAGUCUUUCGUAUGAUGGGGUUGCCAAACAUAAAAAUGAAAAUUCCCUCGCGGAAUUGGUUGAUAUUUUGGACAAUAGUGGGCUCUUGGACUGGGGCAGUCGUAUACGACCGCCAACAAAAGAAGCGCAUACAGCGGAAAUGGUGCAAUGUGGUUGCAGACCUCGCAAAACAACCUCUACCACCUACCGGCCUUCCCCGGAAGUUAUCCAUAUUUCUCGCAGCGCCGCCCGCUGAUGGACUUAUACCGGCUCGAGAUCAUUUCAACGAGUUCAUAAAGCCAAUACUCAAUGCCGCAGCUCUUGAUUGGGAUGCGGUGGAAGGUAGAAGAGAAGGAGAUAUCCGAGCCGGCCUCGCAGAGCGUAUCAGGAAGCUAAGAAAGCAGAAAGGAGAAUACACCAAUGAACCUCUUAUGGAUGACGAUCUUGCAGCGUUGCUAGACGCGAUCAGGGAAAGAGGCGGCGUCACCCGCCAUGAAGCAGUUGAGGGUGACAUCGUGAUCGGUCGACAUGCGUGGAAAGAGUAUAUCAGGGGAUUGCAUGAGGGUUGGCUGGGACCCAUAGACCCACCAUCGUCACCGCCAGAGCCCACCAUUGAGACCGUAGUCACAUCGUCAACAGAAACUUCAGAUGAGGCUCCUACAACAGCAGCCAACGCUGAUGAAACACACACAGGAAGCCCGCUAUCCAACUUACCAGCGGAAGAGGCGAAGUCUUCGCCAGAUGAGGCUAAGGAGAAGGAGGAGGAAGCACAGAAGAAGGAAGAGGAGCUGAAAUCCAAGAAGAAGAAGCAACCACCACCGACCAACCAAACCAGCGAUUAUCCCACGUCGCAUUUGUCACCCGUAUGUCCUAACGAAUUUCAACCAUCAGUCGCCAUUCAAUUGCCACAUCUACUCGGCUUCCUCAAUACGCCUAUUCGAAUGUGGCGCUUUCUGAACAAAAGAGCCGUAGCAGACGAUGUUGGUCGACAAGCUGCCGCUGCAGUGUUUGCCGUCUACCGUCCGUAUGAGUCGCCAUCUCACACGCAGCAUUUUUCAGGGGCCUCAGCAAGCUCAAACCCUCCACACCAAACGAACGAAGUAGAGUCUGGCAGCUGGGAACAGGCAGUCCUUCUAAAGCGAGAAGAAGCCGACUGGCACAAGUCGGUAAGACAAGAGGCUAAAGAGGAUCCUGAGUUUAAUAAAGAAGGUCGAGAAAGGAUAUGGACAAGACCGAUGGUGCUUGACGAGCGUAUUGCUGAUCGCAUGAGAAAGUUUGAGCUCAACGAAGAGCUCGAACGAAGAGCAAGAGAGGUUGAGAAAAACCUUAGACCAUGGUACUUCUUUGGCUUCGCUGAGAAGAAGCCCGACGAGACGGAAGAGUAGGCCUCGACAGUGGCUACUUGUACUAUACUUGUUGAUACUGGUGGGCGUGCUUGUACGCAGUAGACGUCCAUAGACCAUUUUGAGAUUCAUGUAAACAAUAUUGGCACCCGAUGCCCCCGGAUCUAAUCAGCCUAUACACACCUCC